GAUACAAUUUUUUUAUCUCUAUUUUUUUUUCCAACAUGUUGGUUGACGUAUCAAAACGUGACAUACGAAUUCCAGUGAAAUUUCUUCCAUAUUUGGAAAAGUAUAAUAUCUAUGCAUUAUUUCAUGAAGUUGCACGGCAGUUAGCUGUUGCACAGCCAGUGGAUCAUAUAAGUUAUAUGCACAAUAUUUUAAAACAUGCUGCUGCUAAAUGUAAUGUACGGCAGAUAAUUAUGUUAGCACCACCAUUUUUAAAUAUGUUAAAUCUUGCUAAACAACUAGCGGCAGAGAUAAAUGUGACGAUUGUAACUGAAACUCAAAUUAAUGAAGUUUUUGAUCCGCUUCUUAUGAAUUCUACUAAACCAGAAAUUGAAGUGGCUAAAUGGAUUAAAAAAUUAAUUUCGUUGAAUCAUAAAGAUUGUAAUCAGGGAUGGCUUAUAUUAGGUUAUCCUGAAACAAAACAAGAAGCUUUGGCUUUACAGAGGAAUAGUGUAAUACCUACACAUGUUCUUAAUUUUGUUCCUGCAUUUAUGGCACACAUUGAUGAACCAAAUAUACCGCAAGAAUGGGUGAAUUAUCGUAAAAAUUUGGCAGAUCUACGAAAACUAUUUUCUAAGCAAUGGCAUGAUAUAAGCAUGACUGGGCGUGAUAUAACGGAACUGAUGAGAGUUUGCUUGGAUUUAACAACUUUUAAUAAUCGUCUUAAGUACGCAAUAACUCCACGUAUUUUGAUAAUUGGUUGCCCUGGUUCUGGACAAAAAACAAUAGCCAAAGCAUUACAAGAAAAACUUAAAAUUGUUCAUGUAAAUUUUCAACUCAUUCUCACCAGAGCUUUACGUAAUAACGACCCUGCAUUUAAAGAAUACCAGGAAUUGAAAACAGAUUUAAAUAUUAAUCCAUCAAAAAAGUCACGUUUACAUAUGGAGAUAUUAAUGAAAAUUUUGUUGGAUCAAAAAUGUGUAGAAAAAGGUUGGGUUGUAACUGGAUUUCCAAAUACAUUGGAGGAUAUGAAACGAUUAGAUAAAACUGAUACGCCACCAAACAGAAUAUUUUUUUUCGACUGUCCAGUUGAGAUUUGCUUACAACGAUUGAAAAAUAAAACAUCCUGUGAAAGUGUUAAUAUUCAGAAAAAAAGUCAAACAUAUGGUCAAGAAGCUAAAGAUGAUAUGACGGUAAAGGAAAAUCAUAUAAAUAUUGAUGAAAUCAGUAAAUAUUGUGGUAAAACUGCUACACAUAUAAGAACAGAUCAAUCAUGUACCGAUGUUUUAAACACUGUAUUAGCAUUAAUAAUGCGCGAAGCACCUAUAUCAUUAGAACAGCGUAAUCCAUACGAGGAAUACGAACGAUUACCAUGCAAGGAAAAAUCACAAGAUGCCAUAUCUCACACACGUGAUGACUGUUUAUUUACAUUGUCAAAUUUGGAUUAUGACAGUAGUAUAAAUUCGUCAUCGAGUUCUAGCCCAGAUUCGUCGAAUACAACGAAUACAACAUCAUCGUCGAAUAGCCUGGGUAUAGAAAAUGAAGAGAUUUACUAAAUUAUAAGUU